CCGCCGACCAGUGAGCGGUUCGCAUUCGCAUUUUAUUUUGAUUUUCGGGUCAACAUGAGGCUGCUUUUAUUGCUGGUGGCCAGUUGGGCUGUGCUUGGCGUGACAUUGGCCGAUUCCAGCUAUAACUAUUUCCGUUUGCCGACUGCGCUGCGACCACAGAAAUAUAAUUUGCGCGUCCUGACCCAUUUCGAGGAUCCCGACCAUCUCAACUUUGCGGGCACUGUGAAAAUCCUCGUCGAGGUGCUCGAGAACACAAGGAAUAUAACGCUGCAUGCCAAGAAUCUGACCAUUGACCAAUCGCUCAUCGAACUGAGGGAUACGUCGAGUGACAACAAAGAGAAUUGCAUCUCAUCCACGGAAGUGAAUCCCAUUCAUGAUUUCUAUGUGAUGCACACUUGCAAUGAGCUCCUCGCCGGAGACAUCUACGAAUUGACGAUGCCCUUUGCCGCUGAGCUCAAUCGUCAGCUGGAGGGUUACUACAGAAGUUCCUACAAUGCUCCGGCCACCAAUAAGACACAUUGGCUGUCCAUUACACAAUUUGAGCCGGCAUCCGCACGUUUGGCCUUCCCCUGCUUCGAUGAGCCCAAUUUCAAGGCGCCAUUUGUGGUCACAUUGGGCUACCACAAGCGUUUCACCGGCCUGAGCAAUAUGCCCGUUAAGGAGAUCACGCCCAAUGAGAAAAUAGCGGACUACAUUUGGUGCGAGUUCGAGGAGUCUGUGCCGAUGUCAACCUACUUGGUUGCCUAUUCGGUGAAUGAUUUCACACACAAGCCAUCAACACUGCCGAACAGCACCCUCUUCCGCACCUGGGCGCGACCCAAUGCGAUCGAUCAGUGCGAUUAUGCGGCGGAGGUCGGUCCGAAGGUGUUGCAGUAUUACGAGCAGCUCUUCGGCAUCAAGUUCCCGCUGCCCAAAAUGGAUCAGAUUGCCAUACCCGAUUUCAGUGCGGGUGCCAUGGAGAAUUGGGGUCUGGUUACCUAUCGGGAGAUUGCGUUGCUGUAUUCAUCGACACAUUCGUCGCUGGCGGAUAAGCAGCGUGUCGCAUCGAUAAUCGCUCAUGAGUUGGCCCAUCAAUGGUUUGGCAAUCUCGUUACGAUGAAAUGGUGGACAGAUCUCUGGCUGAACGAAGGAUUUGCCACCUAUGUGGCUAGCUUGGGUGUGGAGAACAUCAAUCCCGAGUGGCGUUCCAUGGAGCAGGAGUCGCUGGGCAAUCUCUUGACCAUCUUCAGGAAGGAUGCACUGGAGAGCAGUCAUCCCAUUUCGCGACCCAUUGAGGUCGUCAGCGAGAUCUCUGAGAGCUUCGAUCAGAUCUCAUAUCAGAAGGGCUCCACGGUGCUGCGCAUGAUGCACAUGUUCAUGGGCGAGGAAGCCUUCCGGUCUGGCAUACAAAACUAUCUGCAAAAGUACUCCUACGCCAAUGCCGAGCAGGACAAUCUCUGGGAGUCGCUCACCGAGGCGGCACACAAACACAGGGCUCUGCCCAAGACCUAUGACAUCAAGCGCAUCAUGGACUCAUGGACGCUGCAAACUGGUUAUCCCAUCAUCAACAUAACCCGUGACUAUUCGAGCGGCAUUGCCAAGUUGACCCAGGAGCGUUAUCUGCUCAACACUCAAGUCGCACGGAAUCAUCGCUUGGGCUGCUGGUGGGUGCCACUGAGCUAUACGACCCAAGCGGAGCAGGACUUUAGGAACACAACGCCCAAGGCUUGGAUGGAGUGCGAUGCGGUGAGCGGUGAAGUGCUGCCCAAAACGAUAAGUGGCCUGCCCGGCAAGGAUCAGUGGAUCAUUUUCAACACACAGCUCUCCACGCUGUACAAGGUGAACUACGAUGAACGCAACUGGAAGCUGCUCAUUGAGACGCUGACCAAUGGCGACUUUGAGCGCAUCCAUGUCAUCAAUCGAGCCCAGCUGAUUGACGAUGCCCUGUACCUGGCCUGGACCGGCGAGCAGAACUAUGAGAUUGCCAUGCAGCUGGUCGACUAUCUGAGGCGAGAGCGUGAAUAUUUGCCCUGGAAAUCGGCCUUUGAGAAUCUGAAGCGUAUGAAGAACAUUAUUCGUCAGACGCCCAACUAUGAAUUCUUUAAGCGUUAUCUGCAAAAACUGAUCGAGCCCAUUUACCAACAUUUGAACGGUUUGAAUGACACAUUCAGCGGCAUCGAGCAACAGGAUCAGGUGCUGCUCAAGACAAUGGUGGGCAACUGGGCGUGUCAGUAUCAGGUGGAUGAUUGUGUGCCAGUGGCACAGGCCUAUUAUCGCUCCUGGCGCAACGAAGUUGAGCCGGACAAGAAGAAUCCGGUGCCCAUCAAUCUGAGACAGACGGUUUAUUGCACCUCGAUACGGCAUGGUAGCGAUGAGGAUUGGCAGUUCCUGUGGACACGCUACAAGAACUCCAAUGUGGCCGCCGAGAAGCGCACGAUUCUGUCCUCGUUGGGUUGCAGUCGGGAGGUCUGGCUGCUGCAACGUUAUCUGGCCCUGGCCUUUAACCCGCAGGAGGGCAUACGCAAACAGGAUUCGAUGUGGGCCUUCCAGGCUGUGGCCUUCAAUGAGAUUGGCUUCCAUUUGGCCAGAGAGUACUUUAUAGCUAACGUCGACGCUAUCUACAAAUUCUAUCAUCCCAUCACCAAGGACAUGUCACGCCUGUUGACCCCAUUAUCGGAGCAGACAUUCCUGCAGAGUGACUUUGAGGACUUCAAGAACUUUGUCAACACAAACAGGGCCUCGUUGAAGGGUCUGGAACAGGCCAUUCAACAGAGCCUGGAGACCAUGCUCACCAAUGUCCAGUGGAAGGAGCGCAACUACCGACAAGUGACCCGUUCCGUCGAGGCUCUGCUCGAUAAGUAAUCAAAUUUGCAUUUAUUGUUGCAAAAUUAAGAAAUUGUUCUAAAUGCCCCGCUUACAUCAGCUCAUUAAAAUCUCUUGUAUUAAGUAUGCCGCACAUUUACAAAACAAAAAUUCAAAUAAACUAUAUAAAACAAUUACAUAAAAAUAUGUAAAGUAAAUG